CGCUCGCGCAAGACCAUGUACCAGCCCAGCCGGGGGGCGGCCCGGCGGCUAGGCCCCUGCCUCCGCGCCUACCAGGCGCGACCCCAGGACCAGCUUUCUCCAUGGGCUCUGCCAUUCCCACCCCUGUGGCCCCACUCCACGACUUCCACGUCUCCAUCCUCUCCACUUUUCUGGUCUCCCCCACCUCCACGCCCUCCCACUGGACUGCUUUCCCGAGCUGCCCCACUACCUCUCCCUCAGGUCCAGGCCCUCACCUCACCAUGGAUGGUUCUCCCUCCAGGAAAGGGAGAGGAGGGACCAGGACCUGAGUUGCAUAGCGGCUGCCUGGAUGGGCUUAGGAGCCUAUUUGAGGGACCUUCCUGCCCCUAUCUUGGGGCUUUGCUAUCUUUCCAAGCCCCUGUGACUGCCCGCCCUUCCCCCGCCACUCCAUCAGGAGAUCCCAGUAUGGAGGAGCACCUGGCUGUCAUGUAUGAGAGACUGAGACAAGAGCUUCCCAAUCUCUUCCUUCACUCCCAUGACUACACACUCUACUCGUCGGAUGUGGAAUUCAUCAAUGAGAUCCUGAACAUACGUACCAAGGGCCGGACGUGGUAUGUUCUGUCACUAACCUUCUGCCGCUUCCUGGCCUGGAACUACUUUGCACAACUUCGGUUGGAGGUUCUACAGUUAACCCGCCACCCUGAGAACUGGACCCUGCAAGCCCGCUGGCGGCUGGUGGGGCUGCCCAUCCACAUGCUCUUUCUGCGUUUCUAUAAGCGUGACAAGGAAGAGCUUUACCACCUCUCUUCCUUCACCAGGACCUAUGAUGCCUAUUCCACCUUCUACCUGAAUUCCAGUGGCCUCAUUUGUCGCCAUCGCCUAGACAAACUGAUGCCUUCACACUCACCCCCAACACCUGUGAAGAAGCUGCUUGUGGGAGCCCUGGUGACUCUGGGGCUGUCAGAGCCAGAACCCAACUUACACCUAUGUCCCAAGGCCUGAUUCAGGAACUUGAGCGAGGGCAGCACCGAAGACUUUGCUAUGCACAAGAGGAGAUGGGGGUAGCCAGCUUCUUCCCCUCUUCUCUCUCCCGCCCCACUUCCCUCCCUCCCUUGCGAUCUCUCGUGCUGUGUAAAGCUGCUGUGUAAUUUAACUUGUAAAUAAUAAAGUCUAAGUGAAAAUA